GGUGUGUUUUCUCAUUCACCUCCUGAUCAAAAAUGGAUAAGCAAAUCGCAGUUUUUCUUCUGUUUGUUAUUUUCACCACAGGACACUCUCUCAGCUGUUACCAGUGUAACAGUUCUUGUGUAAACCUGACAGAAACAGCAUGCUCCAGUGGAACUACUAUGUGUGAGAGUACUACAAUGAUACCGCAACUUGCUGACCUUGGUACUAAUAAGACGUUUAAAGGUUGUGCUGCUGAUUGUGGAAAUGGCUCGAUCAACUUCAGCAUUGUAAUGAUAUUUUCUGAGUGCUGUAACAGUGACCGGUGUAACAUCCAAGAUGCACAAGAUUCCAACACUGACGCUCUCAAUGGAAACACUUGUUACUAUUGUGAUGAGAGUAAUAACUGCUUUAAUGUACUGAACUGUUCAGGCAGUGACGAUCUCUGCGUUACAGCAACAGGGACUAUCGAAGGCCAGGAAAUGACUCUAAAAGGCUGUGCUUCAAGUUCUAUUUGUGUUGCUGUAACAUCAAUUGGUUUAGCUCAGAACAUCUCCUGUUGUUCAGAGAAUCUGUGUAAUGGAGCUAAAAGUGUCACUCAGAGCUUCCUGUUCCUCUGUUUUCCUCUGAUCAUCUUCAUCCUGAUGCUCUGAACACACAUUCAGUUUCUACAAUCUGACACGCUUUAUACACAAUAUACAGUAUAGUUUGUGUUCCCUCUGCAACAUCUCUAGAGCACUGAUUUGAUCAUUUGCUUUGACGUUCUGAUACAAUACUUUAUUUUAAAUGUACUAAAUAACCUUUUUUAUUAAUAAUGUUUGUCGUUUGUGACCCUGAAUCACAAAUGCAGUCAUAAGUGUAAAAGAAAAACUGAGUAAAUAAGCGGUUACCCUUUAAACAGUAGUUCUCAAACUUUUUUCACUAAAUACCACCUUAGAAAAAAAUGGUCUCUCCAAGUAUCACCAUUAUGACCGGCAUUGAAAUACAGCAGUGUAGUAGGCCUAAUUAAGCAGUUACAGCACUGCACAGUUAAAAAACCAGGCAGAUUCAUUCUUAUUAUCAUGAAUAUUUAUUAUUGUCAGCCACUUUAAACAUUAUAAAUAGUUUGAACAUUAACACUGUACUGUGCUUACAGGUAAAAGGAAAUAAAACACCAACGUUUAAAUUAAAACGUGCUUUUAAAAGUUAAUUUAAAAUCUCAUUGUUCUGUCAGCGCAAUAGUCUGGUGGUUAGCUUGCUGACAUAUGGUGCAGUAGCACUUCAGGGCGUCCCAAGUUAGAAUCCCGGCUUGUGGACAUUUCCUGUCCUUACCCCCUCUCUGUCAUUUUCACCAGCGAUUAACACACACACACACACACAC